AGCCACUGCAGGGGGACUUGGGGGGACCUUCUGCACCUCCCUGCUGUCGCUGGGGUUUCUGUUUUAUUUCCUGGAGGGGAAAGGGGGGGGGAACCCAAGCCAACAUGGUCUCCCCAUGUCCUCUGUUCCCCUCUUCCCUCUUCCCCCUCCUUUCAUCUCAGUAGAAAUCAGAUUUUUCUUCCUCUGCCCACAGCUUUGUCCUCCUCAGACUCAGACAAGACUCCAGGAAGGAAGCCAGGAUGGAUUACAGCUCGCUCAGUGGGGUCCCGCGCUUCCUGACCCGGCCCAAGGCGUUCAUGGUGUCUGUAGGGAAGGAUGCCACCCUGAGCUGCCAGAUUGUUGGAAACCCCAUCCCAGUGGUGAGCUGGGAAAAGGAUAAACUUCCAGUGCAGUCUGGGGGGAGGUUUAAAACCACAGAGGAUGGGGAUUUGUACCGGCUAACCAUCUACGACCUGAGCCUGGAGGACAGCGGCCAGUACAUCUGCAGGGCCAAGAACACCAUCGGGGAGGCCUUUGCUGCUGUCAGCAUCAAGGUGGGAGAGGAGACCACAGUCACAGAGUCAGCUCCUUACUUCAUCCAGAAACCUUCCAACAUCAAAGUAACCCUGGGAGAAGACGCCAUGUUCAAAUGCAAAGUCCAGGGCAGCCCUCCCCUCUCGGUGAACUGGGAGAAGGACGGGAGAUACCUGAGGAACAAAGCAGACGCUGGGCGCUUCCAGAUCGAGUCUGCUGGUGACUCCAACGCUCUCACCAUCCAGUGUGCCCAGCUGGGGGACAGUGGCACCUACACCUGCCGGGCAGAGAACCUCAUCGGCUCCGCCAGCGCCUCGGCCGCGCUGGUGGUGGAAAGGCGCGGCUCCUCCAACCCCGACAGCGGCAAGACGGCCUCCUUGCUGUCCCACCUGCAGAAGAGGCGGGAGGAGAUCAGGAAGAUGGACAUCUCCCACGGGACUCUGGACUCUUCCUCUGCCUACUCGGCGGUGGAGGGGCUGUCCAGCCUGGGCUACGGCCUGUCCCGGGACUACGAGCGCGCGGCGGGGCUGGCCAAGGGCGCCCGCAACGCCGCGCUCGGGGCGCUGACGCGCACCUGCAGCGUGACCGAGGGCAAGCACGCCAAGCUCAGCUGCUACGUGACAGGCGAGCCCAAGCCUGUGAUUGUGUGGAAGAAGGACAACGAGGUCAUUGUGGAAGGCCGGCGGCAUGUCAUCUAUGAGGACGACCAGGAGAACUUUGUGCUGAAGAUCCUCUUCUGCAAGCAGACGGACAAUGGGCUGUACACCUGCACGGCCUCCAACCUGGCGGGGCAGACCUACAGCUCUGUGCUGGUCACUGUCAAAGAACCCACCAUACCCUUCAAGGCAAAACUGAAGGACCUCGAGGUGAGGGAGAAGGAAUCUGCCACCUUCCAGUGUGAAGUGCCCGUGGCUGGGACAGAGACAGCUUGGUUCAAGGAGGAGACCAAGCUGCAGCAGAGCAAGAAGUACAACAUCGAGGAGGAGGGCACCUACCGCCGGCUCACCGUGCAGAACGUCACCACCGAUGAUGAUGCUGUUUACAUCUGUGAGAUGAAGGAAGGGAGCAGGACCAUUGCAGAGCUCUCUGUCCAAGGGAACAUCAUUAAAAAACUCCCACGGAAAACUGCUGUCUUCAUCAAUGACACUGCCACCUUCUGCGUGGAGCUGGACAACGACUGCCAGAACGUCAGGUGGCUGAAGAACAGAGAGGAAGUGAAGCCCAGCGACCGCAUCUCCAUCACCUGCUCUGGCAAACAGCACACCAUGACCAUCCGGGAGUGCAAGGUGGAAGAUGCUGGGGAGAUUGCCUUCCUGGCUGAUGAAAGCAGGACUUCCACCCAGUUCACUGUGACCACUCCCAAGAAACCUCCCACCCAACCCCCAGCUGACCCUGUGGUGAAAAAUAAAACAGAAACCUCAGUGACACUGGCGUGGUCCCCUCCGAGGAUGGAGCGGCCCAUCCCGGUGGACGGAUACAUCGUGGAGCGCAAGAAACUCACCGGCUUCACCUGGGUGAGGUGCCACGAGUCCCAUGUCCCCAGCCCCGAGCUCACAGUGAGCAACCUGGCAGAAGAGGCUGACUACCAGUUCAGAGUGUCUGCUGUCAAUGCCUACGGACAGAGCCCCUACCUGGAGUUCCCUGGGAGCCUGCACCUCGAACCCAUCCUGGCUGUGAAGAACCCCCUGACAACAGCUGAAGUUGCACCUGGAGGUGAUGCCCUGUUCACUGUUGACCUGACCAAGACAUGUUCUGGCACGUGGUACUUGAAUGGCAAAGCCUUACAGGAAAGUGAGACCUACAUCAUCAACAGAACCCAAACCACUCACACCCUGGUCAUAAAAAAUGUCACCAGGAAAGAUGAUGGGGCAGAAGUCAAAUUUGUUGCCAGCGAUGUUGAGACCAGCACCAAGAUGAGAGUGAGAGGAGCUGCAGUGAGAUUCACCAACAAGACCAAAGACACAGAAAAAGUCUCAGCUCGGCUGAGGGAAGAAGCCAAACUCCAGGCUGAGCUUUCAGACACAGAGGCCACUGUGAAGUGGAUGAAAGAUGGGAAGGAGCUCAAGGCCAGUGAAAAAUACGAGUUCCAAAGUGUGGGGAAGAGGCGCAUCCUGAAAAUCCGCAGCGCUGCUGAGGAGGAUGCUGGAGUCUAUGAGUGUGUCUGUGAAGGGGAUAAAAUGGUUUAUCAGCUCUCAGUGAAAGCACUUGCAAACUUUGUAAACAAAGAGAAAACAGGAGGAGUUGUCAAGGCCACUGCUGGGAAACGGGCUGAGCUUGUGUCUGAGACCUCUGAGGCCAACAUCAUGGUGAAGUGGUACAAAGAUGGGAAGGAGAUCACAGCCAGCAAGAAAUUCACCAUGGAAGACAAAGGAAAACUGCACAAGCUUGUGGCUUCGGCUGUGACAAAAGAAGAUGAAGGAACUUACACCUGCAAAAUCGGGGAUGACACCCUUACUUUUGAUCUAAAAGUCUCAGAUGAAGCUGUUACUUUUGUCAACAAGCCCAAAACGACUCCAGAAGUGUCAGUCAGUCCUUCUGAGAGCCUGGAGCUGGUGUGUGAGGUGUCAGCUGCAGGUGGGGCCGUGGUGUGGAGGAAGGAUCAGACCGAGGUGAAGCAGGACCAGAGGACAACAAUCGUCUGCCAGGGGACACAACGCAAGCUCAUCAUCAAGAAGGUGACACAGCAAGACCAAGGCAGCUACACCUGUGAGACAAAGGACGACAGAACAACAUUCCAAGUCAAAGUCAGAGAGACAGAGGCUGUGUUUACAAACAAGGAGAAGGUGCAGAAAGAGGUGAAGGCUGCACUGUCAGAAAAUGCCACUCUGAGCUGCGAGGUGGCCCAGGAGAAAACAGAGGUGAAGUGGUACAAGGAUGGGAAACUCAUCACCUCCAGCAAGAAGUUCAAGGUGGAGUCGGAGGGCAAAUCGCGUCGUCUGGUGGUGGGUCAGGUGGAGAAGAAAGAUGCAGGGGAGUACACCUGUGAGGCUGCUGGCCAAAAACUCACCUUCAGGAUCGAUGUCACAGAAGCAGAGGAUGCAUUUAUCAACAAGGACAAAGUGAAGAAAGAGGUGAAGGCUGCACUGUCAGAAAAUGCCACUCUGAGCUGCGAGGUGGCCCAGGAGAAAACAGAGGUGAAGUGGUACAAGGAUGGGAAACUCAUCACUUCCAGCAAGAAGUUCAAGGUGGAGUCGGAGGGCAAAUCGCGUCGUCUGGUGGUGGGUCAGGUGGAGAAGAAAGAUGCAGGGGAGUACACCUGUGAGGCUGCAGGCCAAAAACUCACCUUCAGGAUCAAUGUCACAGAGCCAGAAGUUGUGUUUACAAACAAGGAGAAGGUGCAGAAAGAGGUGAAGGCUGCACCGUCAGAAAAAGCCACUCUGAGCUGUGAGGUGGCCCAGGAGAAAACAGAAGUGAAGUGGUACAAGGAUGGGAAACUCAUCACCUCCAGCAAGAAGUUCAAGGUGGAGUCGGAGGGCAAAUCGCGUCGUCUGGUGGUGGGUCAGGUGGAGAAGAAAGAUGCAGGGGAGUACACCUGUGAGGCUGCUGCAGGCCAAAAACUCACCUUCAGGAUUGAUGUCCCAGAGCCCAAACCUGCAUUUAUAAACCAGGAAAAGGUCCAGAAGGAGGUGAAGGCUGUCCUGACAGAAAGUGCCACCCUCAUGUGUGAGGUAGCACAGGACACAACUGAAGUGAAGUGGUACAAGGAUGGAAAACUGCUCGUGUCCUCUCGGAAAUUCAAAAUCGAGACCUUGGGCAAAUCCCGGCGCCUGGUGGUGGAGCAGCUGGAGAAGAAGGAUGCUGGGGAAUACAUCUGUGAGGCUGCAGGCCAGAAGAUGACCUUCAAACUGGAGCCAACUGAACCAGAGGCUAAAUUUGAAAAGAAAGCUGUCCAGAAAGAACCUCUCAUUGUUCAAGAGCACGAAAGCAUCACACUGACAACCUCAGUCACACCUGAAACAGCUGCAGUGAGGUGGUUCAAGGAUGGCACAGAAAUCAAGGCGAGCAAGAAAUGUGUGAUCAAAAGUGAGGGGGCAUCCAGGAUGCUGACAGUGAAUGCAGCUGAGAGCACAGACUCUGCCCUCUACACCUGCCAGACAAAGGAUGACAAGCAGGAAUUCAGAGUCCAGGUGAAAGAAAUCCCAGUGAAGUUUGCCAAGAAGCUGGAGGCUGUGAAAGCUGAGCUUGGUGGCAGCGUGUCCCUGAGCUGUGAGCUGAGCCACGCCAAGGGGAAGGUGACGUGGAGCAGGAAUGGUGUGGAGAUCAAGGCCAGCAAGCGUUUCCAGAUCCGUGAGGAGGGAAUCAAACGGACCCUGACCAUAACGGGGAUCCGGGCUGAGGAUGAGGGAGAAUAUUCCUGCCAGUCCAGGGAUGACAAGAGCAGCAUCACCAUCGUCCCCAAACCUCCCAGAGUGGUGAAAUUCGUCACAAGUCUCAACAGCGUGGUGACUGAGGAAGGAAAAGAGGCUGUGUUCAAGUGCACGGUCUCCCCCAGUGAUGCUGUGGUCACCUGGCUCAGGAAUGGUGCCAAGAUUGAAGCCAGCAAGAAAUAUGUGAUCUCUCAGAAGGACACCAACCACAGCCUCACCAUCACUGACCUGACACUGGAAGAUGCAGCUGAAAUCACUGCCAGUGCUGAGGGUGUGGAGAGCACAGCCAACCUCAGAGUCAGAGAGGCCUCAAUCUCCUUCAAGAAGAAGCUGGAGCCCAAAACAUUUGAAGAGAGGGAGACAGUGACCUUGGAGGUAGAGCUGACCAAGCCUGCAGAGGUGAAGUGGAUGAGGAACAGCAUUGUGCUGAAGCCCAGUGACAAAAUAGAGAUCAAAGCUGAGGGAACAAAGCACACCUUGGUGGUCAAGGACAUCUCCUUUGCAGACCGGGGCUUCUACUGCUGCGAGAGCCCUGAUGACAAGACCCAAGCCAAGAUCAAUGUGGAAAUGAGGCAGAUCAAGCUGGUGAAAGGCCUCCAGCCCCUGGAGGUGGCUGAGAAAGGGACUGUCACCUUCGAGGUGGAGGUGUCCCACGAGGACGUGGAGGGGACCUGGCAGAAGGAUGGUGUUCGUCUGAAACCUGCACCCAACGUCAGCUUCGGUGUCCUGGGCAAGAAACACUCCCUGACUCUCUCCUCAGUGGCUCUGGAAGAUGCAGGACUCAUCUCCUUCAAAGCAGAGGGCAUUAACUCAUCAGGGAGGCUCACUGUGAAAGAAUUGCCUGUGAGGAUCAGCAAACCUUUGGCAGAUGUCAGUGUAACUCAGAAGCUCAAGGCCACAUUCGAGUGUGAGCUGUCCAAACCCAAUGCCAACGUGAAGUGGUUCAAGGAUGGGAAGGAGAUCCGGCAAAGUAAAAAUAUUGGGAUAAUCUCCCAAGGAAAUAAGAGAAGCCUCAUUAUUCACAAGUGUGAAUAUGAAGACCAGGGAACCUAUACAUGUCAAGCAGCUGAAGACAAGACAUCAGCUACUCUAAAGGUUCAUGCCCGAGAUGUCAAGAUUGUAAAACCACUGGAAGAUGUGGAAGUGAACGAAUACGAGAGUGCAUCUUUCAUCUGUGAGAUCUCACACGACGAGGUGGAAACCCAGUGGUACAAAAAUGACAACAAGCUGAAGACUUCCGACAACAUCAAAAUGCGGCAGGAUGGAAAAACGUAUUCCCUGACGUACGCACGCGUCCAGGUUGAGGAUGCGGCUGAGAUCAAAUUCGUAGCAGAAAAGGCAGAAUCUCGUGCUCAGCUGACUGUAAAAGAGCUGCCCGUGAAAAUCGUCAAGCCCUUGCGGGAUAAGAUCGCCCUGUGGAAGCACCGGGGGGUCCUGGAGUGCCAGGUGUCCCGAGCCAAUGCCAAGGUCAGGUGGUUCAAAAAGGACGUGGAAAUUCACCCUGGUGUGAAAUACGAGAUCGUCAGCGAGGGCGUCUAUCGGAAACUCGUCAUCAACGACGCCGACUACGAGGAUGAGGACACGUACACCUGUGAUGCCUUCGAUGACAAGACCAGUGCUAAUUUCUUUGUUGAAGAGCAAGCCAUUAAUAUUGUAAAAGAAUUGUGUGAUGAGGAUGUGACUGAGCCUGAAGAAGCCAAUUUUGAAUGUGAGACAUCCAUUCCAUCUGUGAAACCUGCCAAGUGGUUCCUGAAGGGAGCAGCCUUGCAGGCUGGCAGAAACAUCAUCAUGCAGCAGGAAGGCACCCUCCACAGGCUGACAAUAAUAAAAACAAGUGUUGAUAUGACAGGCACCAUCCAGUUCUCCAUUGGCAAAUCCAAAUCCACAGCAAACCUGCUCGUCAGAGAUUACCACAUCCAGAUCACCAGGAAGCUGGAGGACAAGACCGUCCUGGAGCGACACUCCGUCAUCCUGUCCUGUGACUUCAGGCCUUCCCCAAAGCACGUCAAGUGGUUCAAGGGCCAAGUGCUCAUUGAGCCCUCAGAGAAGUACAAAAUCAAGAGGGACCAGUACUCAGCAGAGCUGAAGAUCAUGAAGGUGAAGCCCGAGGAUGCUGGCGUGUACAAGUGCAGGGCUGGCAUCGCCGAGACCGAAGCCACGCUGAGCGUUGAAGCCCGCAACGUAGAGGUCCUGAAGCACCUGCAGGACGUGGAGAUUGAGGAGGACAGCUCUGCUGUGUUCUCCUGCGAGCUGUCCCACGACGACGAGGACGUGGAGUGGUUCCUCAAUGGCACCCUCCUCUACACCAACAACUUCAAUGACAUCAAGAACGUGGGCAAGUGCUACACUCUGACCAUGAAGCAGGUGAAGCCCGAGGAUGCUGGCACGGUGACAAUGAAGUCAGACAAGGUGUCAGAGACCGUGCGGCUGAAGGUGAUAGAGAAACCUGCUGUCUUCAUGAAAUCCUUGGAUGAUGUUUUCGGUGAGGAGCGCGGAGUGAUCAAACUGGAAUGUGAAGUCUCCAAAGAGAAGGUCAAACCUGUUUGGAAAAAGGAUGGUGUGAAGAUCACUUCUAGCAAAAAGUAUGAGGAGAUUCAGUCUGGCAAGACCCUGUGCCUCCUUAUCCAUGACCUGGAAAAGACAGAUGCAGGGUUAUACACCUGUGACAUCGGCACUGAUGUUGCCAAAUCAAAGGUCAGCGUUCAGGAACUGAACAUUGGCAUCACCAAAAGGCUCAAGAACACUGAAAUCCAGGAGGGAGAAGAUUGCACUUUUGAGUGCAUUUUGUCCCAUGAAAGCAUUGAUGACUUCAACUGGACCCUGAAUGGGAGAAAAGUGGAAAGUGGGGGGAGAUUUAAAGCCUCCAAUGCAGGUCGGAAAUACACACUGAGUAUCAAAAAUGUCAUUCCUGGUGACACUGGGGAAGUCAUCUUCACUGCCCGUGGUCUCACCUCCAAGGCUUCCCUGCUUGUGAAAGAAAAACCUACUGAGGUUGCAAAGCAGCUGGAAGAUAAAACAUCACCAGCAGGGCAGGACAUCAGCCUGAGCUGUGAGUUGUCCAAAGCUGAUGUGACCAUCAGGUGGUACAAGGAUGGCAAAGCAAUCAGGAAAAGCCAGAAGUAUGACCUGCAGCAAGAGGGGACACGGGCCACUCUCAUCAUCCGAGACUCCACGGUCAAGGACAGUGGGGAAUACACCUGUGAGACUGAGACCUCCAAAACAACAGCCAGGGUCACAGUGCAAGAAAAACCUAAUUAUUUUGUCAAGGAACUCUCAGACCUGAAAGUGGAUGAGAGUGGAACUGCAGUUUUUGUGUGCCAGAGUGAGAGAGCUGCAUCCUCUGUGGUCUGGAGGAAAGGCAUCGCUGAGCUCAGGGCUGGCAGGAAAUACGAGAUGACACAGAAAGGACAAGUCCUCCAGCUGACCAUAAAGAACCUGGAGAAAAGUGACAGUGACACUUACAGCUGUGACAUUGGGGACGCCCAGUCCAGAGCCAAGCUAACUGUGCAAGGCCAGAAAGUGCUAAUUACAGAAGACCUGGAGGAUGUCACUGUGUUAGAAGGAGAAUCUGCCAUGUUCAAGUGCAGAAUCUCUCCCGUAGACUAUAGCAGAGUGCAGUGGUUUUUGGAUAAAACCCCACUCCAUACCAAUGAACUUAAUGAGAUCCAGUCCCAGCCUGGUGGAUAUCACCUGCUGACGCUGAGAAAGCUCUCCCUGAAGGACUCGGGGCUCAUUACAUUUGAAGCUGGUGAUAAGAAAACAUCUGCCAGUUUGGUUGUUAAAGAAACACCAGUUCUCUUCAAGCAAGAGCUCCAAAAUGAAGAAGCCAAGGAAGGAAAGCAGGUCAGGCUGACCUGUGAGCUCAGCAAACCUGGCACCCCAGUGAAGUGGAUGAAGGGAGACACGGUUCUUUAUGCCAGUGAGAAGUAUGAAUUUAAGCAGCAUGGGACUGUGGCAGAGCUCAUAAUUCGAGAUGUGAAAUCUGUAGAUGCUGGGGACUACACCUGCAGUGCUGGGGAACUGAAAACCACUGCUCGGGUCAAAGUGAAUGCUGUGCCUGUGCUUUUCAAACAAGCCCUGGAGAACACGGCUGUGGAAGAAGGGAAAUCCGUCUCCUUGCGCUGUGAACUCACAAAAGCUGAUGCCACCACCGUGGUGUGGAAGAAGGGAGAAGCCACCCUCCAGGCAAGUGCCAAAUAUGAAAUGAAGCAGAAGGGGACAGUGGCAGAGCUGGUGAUUCAUAAUGCAGAGCCAGAAGAUGCGGGAAGAUACACCUGUGACACUGGAGACCAGCAGACCACAGCCCAAGUCAAAAUCCAUGCCAUCAAACCCCAGCUGAAGCAGCAGCUGAGGAACGAGGAAGUGGAAGUGGGAGGAACAGCCAGGCUGCGCUGCGAGGUUUCCAUCAGCAAAGCAGAAGUGGAGUGGAGGAAGGAUGGAGUCCUGCUGCAGCCCAGCUCCAAGUAUGAAAUGUGGCAGGAUGGGACCCUCCGGGAGCUCCGUGUUCACCACCUGCAGCCUGGGGAUGCUGGGGAAUAUUCCUGCAAGGCUGGAGACCAGACAAGCUCUGCCAAACUCACCGUGAAAGAGCCUGAUGUGACCAUUGUGAGCGGCCUCAAGGACGCGGCGGUGGCCGAAGGGGACGAUGUCACCUUCAGGUGCCAGGUGUCCCACGAGAACGCCAGGGAUGUCGAGUGGAAGCUGCAGGAUGUGGCUCUGCAGAACAACGAGAUGAACGAGAUCUCGGUGGAAAGGGGCAAGAUCCACACCCUGACCCUGAGGAAGGUGACAGAGCAGGACAUUGGCACCGUCACCUUCCGGGUGGGACCCCACACGUCCACAGCAGAGCUGACAGUGAAAGCUUCUCCAGUCACCUUCACACAACCACUCCAGAACCAGCAAGCUGAGGAGGGUGGCACUGUCACUCUGAGCUGUGAGGUCUCCAAACCCAGCACCCCUGUGCAGUGGAAGAAGGGGGGGACAGUGCUGCGAGCCAGUGACAAAUACAGGAUGCGCCAGGACGGGGCCGUGGCUGAGCUGACCAUCCACAACCUGAGCGAAGCUGAUGCUGGGGACUACACCUGUGACACAGGGGACCAGCAAACCACGGCAGCAGUGCAGCUGAAAGAAGCAGCAGCCACCAUCGUGGAGGGGCUGAAGGACGUGGCCACCUACGAAGGAGAAGACGCGGUGUUCGAGUGCAGGCUGUCCCGGGAAACAGCUCAGGAUGCCCAGUGGUUCCUGGGGGAUGUUCCCCUGCAAUCCAACGAAAUGAAUGAGAUCAGAGUGCAAGGGACACGUCACAGCUUGAUCUUGAGGAAGGUGACCCUGGAGGACUGUGGGUCCGUCACUUUCAAAGUGGGGCAGCAUUCGUCAGCAGCGCAGCUGAAGGUGGAAGCUGCCCCGGUCACCUUCGUGAAGGCUCUGCACAACCUGGAGCUGCAGGAGGGUGGCACUGCCCACCUGUCCUGCGAGCUGUCCAAGCCUGAUGUCCCUGUGGAGUGGAAGAAGGGCACGUCUGUGAUCCAGUCCAGCCACAAGUGCAGCAUCCAGCAGGAGGGGAAGGUGCACACGCUGCUCAUCCGCGACCUGAACCACGCCGACUCCGGGGAGUACAGCUGCCACACGGCUGCUGGCAAGACCACGGCCAGACUGGAGGUCAAAGGCCUGCCCGUGCUGUUCCAGCAGUGGCUGAGGAACGAGGAGGUGGAGGAAGGGCGCACGGCCGCGCUGCGCUGCGAGCUGACGCGGCCGCCCACGCGCCUGCAGUGGCGCAAAGGGGACACGGUGCUGCAGCCCGGGGACAAGUACGAGAUGCGUCUGGAGGGGACACGAGCUGAGCUCCUCAUCUACGGGGCCGAGGCUCAGGAUGCUGGAGAAUACACCUGUGACUCGGGGGAUCAGCAGACCACGGCUUCGCUGCAGGUCAAAGUACUGCCAGUGCUGUUUAACAAAGAGCUGAAAAACGUAGAGGCUGAAGAAGGGGGAACAGCAGUUUUGCACUGUGAGAUCUCCAAGCCGGAUGCUCCCGUUGAGUGGAGGAAAGGAGGGGUGGUCAUUCAGCCCAGUGACAAGUACGAGCUGAAGCUGAAGGGCAGCGUGGCUGAGCUGAUCAUCCAUGGUGUAGAAGCUGAUGACUGUGGGGAUUAUACCUGCAGCACUGGAUACGAGAUCACCACAGGGUCUGUGUAUGUGCAAGAAGAAGCAGCAGUGAUAGUGUCUGGUUUGAGGAGCACAGACGUCUUUGUGGGCGAGUCAGCCACGUUCACCUGCGAGCUCUCGCACCCGGGCGUGAGGAACGUGCAGUGGUGGCUGGAUGGGACCCCCCUCCACAACAACCUGGUGACUGAGAUCUCUGAGCAGGACGGCAGGAUCCACACUUUAACCCUCAAUGACGUGGCGUGCCACGACUCGGGCACUGUCACCUUCAGAGCUGGCUCCCUUAUAUCCUCAGCUAAAUUAUUAGUCAAAGAUCCCACCAUUGAAGUGGUCAGUCCCAUGCAGGACAUAACUGUUGAUGAAGAUGGCCCAGCAGAGUUCAUAUGCCAAUAUUCUAGGCCAGUGCACGCCAUCUGGAAGAAAAAUGAUCAGGAAAUACAUGCAGAUGGGCAGCGAGUGAUUGUCGAUCAGGACUGGAAUGUGAGCAUGCUAAAAAUUAACCCCACGGUCCCAGAAGACACUGGCAUCUAUUCUUGUGAAGCUGAAGGCAUUAAAGUGAUGGCUACACUUGAUGUUCAAGCCAAGAACAGCAUUGUCCAGGGCUUGGAGAACGUGGAGGCUGUGGAAGGAGGGGAAGCCCUGUUCGAGUGUUACCUCUCCAAGCCUGAGACCUACAAUUACAACUGGCUGAUUGAUGAUGAACCUGCCAAAACCACAGAAAACACUGAGAUGGUUUACUUUGAAAAUGGACUCAGGCAUAUCCUGCUGCUGAAGAAUUUAACUCCCCAGGACAGCUGCAGGGUGACUUUCAUGUGCAGCGAUGCAGUGACCUCAGCCUUCCUCACAGUGAAAGGGUGGCGCCUGCAGUUCCUGCAGCCCCUCACGGAUGUGGAAGUGUCUCUGGGGGAAAAAGCAACAUUUAGCUGUGUCCUGAGUGAAGCUGUGCCAGUUCAUGAAGUGGCCUGGUACAGUAAUGACACAGAGAUCCAGUCGGGGGAGGACUGGGAGGUACAAGCAGAUGGAAACAAAUACAAACUUAUUCUGAAAAAAGCCCAACUGCAUCAUUCUGGAGAGGUGACCUUUGCUUCCAGGGAGGCCAUUUCAUCAGCCAAGCUUUCUGUGAUUGCCCUCCCCGAGCCACCCGAGGCACCACAAGUUCUGAGUCAGAGCAGCCACUCCGUCACCCUGUCCUGGCACAAGCCGCUGGGUGACGGCGCACAGCACAUCCUGGGCUACAAGGUGGAGAGGAAAAUCCCAGGAGUUGGCUGGCAGUCCUGCAGUGAGGGCCUCAUCCCAAACACGGAGCUCACGGUGGAUGGCCUCACCCCGGGGGAGCCCUACAGAUUCCGAGUGUCGGCCGUGACCAAAGCGGGGGCCAGCGAGGCGCUGCACUUCCCCCAGACAGUGCGGUUAGAGCCUCCAGUUACCAUCACUCAACCUUUGGUGGGAGGAUCUGUCUCGGAAGGGGGGGUGGCUCGCCUGGAGUGCACAUUAUCAAGUAAAACUGAGGAGAAAGUGACUUGGUUCAAGGGAAAAGAGCAAAUAAAAGCUGGAGGGAGAUACGAGAUCCUCUCUGAUGGAGUGAAGCAGAUACUCAUUAUCCGUGGAUUUAAACCUGAGGAUCAGGACAGCUACACCUGCAUGGCUUCUCCAGAAGUCAAAUCUGUUGCCAGCCUGUGUCUUGAAGUUCCCACAGUGUCGAUGCUGAAGGAGAUUGCCAGGGAAGCUCCCCCUGCCAGCCAGGCUGAGGAGCAGGUGGAUGGACACAUCCAGCCCAGCCUGCCUCCUGAGGCUGCCCAGGAGGGAGAUCUGCACCUCCUGUGGGAAGCCCUGGCCAAGAAGCGCCGUAUGAGCCGGGAGCCCACCUUGGAUUCCAUCAGCGAGGUGCCCGAGGAGGAUGAGAAGCUUCAGAAGCUGAGGAAGGAGGAAGCAGAGAUGUCUCACUACUACUCAGAGGAGUACUCCACGUGUGACGAGCUGGCCAGGACAGGAGAGGCAGAUUUCUCUUUCACAAGCUCUGAUGACGAGUCUAGAGCUGGGACUCCUUCCCUAGUGAACUACCUCAAGAAAGCUGGGAAGAAGAGCACCAGCAUUACCAGCAAGGUUCAGUCCACCUCCACAGCAAAACUAUGGAAACAGUGGGAGACAUCCACUGUGGAGACCACUGUGGCCACCACGGCUGCUCAGCCAGCUGAACCAGAGCUGCCAGAUUUAGACGAUCCCUCCAUGAACAAGGCGGCUGUGAAGAUCCAAGCCGCUUUCAAAGGCUACAAAGUCAGAAAAGAGAUCAAGCAACAGGAGUGCCCGGUGUUCACCGAGACCUUCAAAGAUUUCUCUGGAGAGCCUGGAAGCACCCUGCACCUGGAGUGUGUGGCCCACAGCAAAACCGACAUGAACGUCCGCUGGCUGAAAGACGGCAAGGAGCUCUCGGAUGGUCGCUACUACCACAUAGACAGCUACAGUGAUGGCACCUGCUCCUUGAUAAUCGCCGGCCUGGACAGGAAGGAUGCAGGUAAAUACACCUGUGAGGCAUCCAAUAAGUUUGGCAAGGUCUCACACAGCGCUAAGGUGGUGGUUGGCACUCAGGAAGCUCAAGCUCUUGCUAAGGAGAAGCGGAGUAAGCAGAGCACCGACAGCGAGACGGAGAGCUCGUCCGGCAGCGAGCUGGACGACGCGUUCCGAAAAGCAGGAAGGAGACUCCACAGGCUCUUCAGGGCCAAGAUCUCCACGGAGAUCUCUGAUGUGGAGGAAGAGCUCUUUGUCAGCGCAGACGAAGGGGACAUAGACGUGGUUGACCACCAGACGUACCGUGAGGAUGACCAGUACAUCUACAUCAAGUUUGAAGUCAUGUCCGAGGCCAAAACGGCUGCCACACGGUUCAGAGAGAUGUUUGGCGCUCUGGGAAUUCCAGUGGAGAUCGACAUCUUGGAACAAGGCCCGAAAAAAAUCGAAUUGCGCAUUGGGAAGGCAUCACCUCCCACCCUUGGGAAGUUUCCACCUCCAGCGAGACCUCCACCACCUUUGCUGACUUCUGACACAGCCCCCAUGUUCAUGACCGAGCUCCAAAACCAAGAGGUCCAGGACGGGUACCCAGUGAGCUUUGACUGCAUCGUCAUUGGCAAACCCCUGCCCACGGUUCGCUGGUUCAAGGAUGGCAAAGCUAUUGAGGAAAACGAUCACUACAUGAUCAACGAGGACCAGGAAGGGUGUCACCAGCUGAUCAUCACCGCCGUGGUGCCCACGGACAUGGGCGUCUACCGCUGCCUCGCCGAGAACAACAUGGGCGUGGCUUCAACCAAGGCUGAGCUCCGUGUGGACUUGACCAGCACGGACUACGAGACAGCAGCAGAUGCAACAGAGACAUCAUCUUACUACAGUGCUAAGGAAUACAUUUCAAGCCGAGAACAGGAGGAAUCCACCACUGAGGAGGAACAGUUGCCCCAGAUCUUUGAUGAGCUUCAUGAUAUUCAUGUGGCACCUGGAGCAUCGCUGGCUAAAUUUCACCUGAAGGUGAAAGGGUACCCUCAGCCUCGUCUCUAUUGGUUCAAAAAUGGGCAGCCCCUAAAGGCCUCGGACCGGAUCCUCAAGACUGACAGGCAGGAAUUCCACUCCCUGGAAAUCCGCGACGUCACCAAAGCAGACGCUGGCCAGUACUUGAUAUUUGUCAUCAACUCUGCUGGCUCUGCCUACUCCUCAGCCAGGCUGGUAGUCAAAGAUCCUUAUGAGAAAGAAGAGCCAUCCAAAACAGAUUCCCAUGAGCAGCUGAUACCACCAAGAUUCCUUGAAAGGUUUACAAAUAAGAAGGUGAAAAAGGGUGCAAGCAUCACGUUAUCUGUGAAAGUGGAAGGACAUCCACCACCAACAAUCACUUGGAUGAAAGAAGAGUCUCGGGAAGACAUCCUGUGGAUCAAACCAGACACUCCUGGGUACAAACUGGCCAGUUCCAACAUGCACCACAGCCUGAUCCUGUUGGAUGUCAAGAAGAAGUACAGUGGAGCUUACACCUGCAUUGCCACCAACAAGGCUGGCCAGUCCAUCUGCACUGCCAACCUGGAAGUUGCAGAUGUGAAAGAGGCUGAAGUCCUGACCCAGGAGCGUGUGAUGGUGUCAGAAGCCAUCAUGACCACACUGGGAACUAUUCAGUCCUCUGAAGGAGACCUUGAAGCUGGCAGAGAAGGUGUGCCUAAAAGCCCUAUUUCAUUAGCUGAUGUUGGCUCAGAAGAGUUCUUCCAGAAACUUACCUCACGCAUCUCAGAAAUGGUAUCUGCAAAAAUAACUCAGGCUAAACUUCGAGUACCAGGUGCAGAAAGUGAUGAUGAGUCAAGAACUCCCUCUGCAUCUCCUCGCCAUGGACGGUCCAGACCUUCAUCCAUUGCUCAGGAAUCCUCCUCGGAAUCUGAAGAUGGGGAUUCCAGAGGGGAGAUCUUUGAUGUCUACAUGGUCACUGCUGACUACGUGCCUGCGGCGCCGGACAAGGAGACCAUCACCCUGAAGGAAGGACAGUAUGUGGAAGUCCUGGAUUCAGCUCAUCCUCUGAAAUGGCUGGUCAGGACUAAACCCACAAAAUCGAGUCCCUCUCGACAGGGUUGGGUGUCUCCAGCUUAUCUGGACAAGAAAUUAAAGUUGUCACCGGAGUGGGGAGCAACAGAAAUUCCAGAGUUUCCUGGAGAGUUUGUUUCUGAAGAUGAAUACAAAAGGAAGCUAAGUGUUCUCAUUCAGGAGCUGUUGAUCUCAGAGGAAGAUUACAUUCAGGAUUUACAAUUCCUCCAGACUCAUCACCUUAGGUACACUGAGACCUGUCCCAGUGUGCCAGGAGCUGUUGCCAGUCAGAAAUCCACCAUCUUCAGGAAUAUUGAUGACAUUGGUCGCUUCCAUUCCAGUGUGUUCCUGAGGAGCCUGCAGGGCUGUGACACUGACGAUGACGUGGCCAUGUGCUUCAUCAAGCACGAAGCAGAGUUCAACAAGUACAUCCAGUACCUGGUGGGAAGGGUUCAGGCAGAGUCCAUUGUUGUCAGCAAAGCUGUCCAGGAAUUCUACAAGAGAUACACAGAUGAAUAUUUAACUAAUGAAGAUCCCUCACAGCCACUGAUCCCACCACUGCAGCACUACCUGGAAAAACCCAUAAACAGGAUCCAGCAGUACCAGACAAUAAUUAAGGAAUUAAUCCGAAACAAGGCCAGGAACAGCCAGAACUGCACUUUGCUGGAGCAGGCCUAUGCCAUUGUGUCUGCCCUCACCAGAAGGGCAGAGAACAACCUGCACGUCUCACUCAUUGAGAAUUACCCAGGGACCUUGGAGAGCCUUGGGGAGCCCAUCCGCCAGGGCCACUUCAUUGUGUGGGAAGGAGCUCCAGGAGCUCGAAUGGCAUGGAAAGGACACAAAAGACAUGUUUUCCUCUUCAAAAAUUAUAUUGUGAUCUGCAAACCAAAGCGAGACACAAAGACAGACACCUACAGCUACAUCUUCAAGAACAUCAUGAAGCUGAACAACAUAGAUGUGAAUGACCUGGUGGAAGGGGAUGACCGGGCCUUUGAGAUCUGGCACGAGCGAGAGGACUUGGUGCGCAAGUACCUGCUGCAGGCGCGGACCGUGAACAUCAAGAACUCCUGGGUGAAGGAGAUCUUGGGCAUCCAGCAGAGGAUCAGCGAGCCCAUCUGGAUCCCUCCAGACUUUGAGGAAGAACUGGCAGACUGCACAGCUGAGCUGGGUGAGACAGUCAAGCUGGCCUGCAAGGUGACAGGAGCUCCCAAGCCAUCCAUCAGCUGGUACAAAGAUGGAAAGCCCGUGGAGGUGGAUCCCCACCACAUUAUAAUAGAAGAUCCUGAUGGUUCCUGCACACUGAUCUUGGACAACCUGACAGGGGCUGACACAGGACAGUACAUGUGCUUUGCUUCCAGUCCUGCUGGGAAUGCCAGCACCUUGGGAAAGAUCCUUGUUCAAGUGCCCCCACGGUUUGUGAACAAGGUCAGAAAUGCUUAUCUUGUCGAGGGUGAAGAUGUCCAGUUCACCUGCACUGUGGAAGGAGCACCCAGGCCUCAGAUCAGGUGGUACAAGGAUGGGGUGCUGCUGAAGGACACCAGUAAAUACCAGACUUUCAGUGAACCACGCAGUGGCAUCGCAGUCCUGGUGGUCAAGAACCCUUCCAAUGAAGACAUGGGGCACUAUGAAUGUGAGCUGAUGAACAGAUUAGGGUCUGCCAAGAGUGGAGCAGAGCUUUACCACCACAGCGCCGCAGCCCUGACCCAGGAGAGGAGAGGAGACCAAGCCAUCACCAUUGAAGGAAUGAGUUCCCCCCAGUCAGAGACGGAGACUUCUGUGCAGGCGUCGCUGCAGCGCGCUGACAAGGAGAUCAAGACAGCCCUGAGAAAGCUGCUGGACUCGGCGUCACUGCUGGUGACUCUUCCCCCAGGCAUGAGAGCAGAUGGUGGCCUUGGCCUUGUCCCUCCUGGCUCUGCUCCCUCAGAGCCCCCAGGGGCAGCAGCCGGGCCCUCUGUGGUGGUUCAUGAAGCCAGCACCCAAACCCAGACUGCUGGAGGCCAUGCCAAAGCACAGAGGGAGGUUCCAGCUAAAGAACCAGGGGUGCCAAAGCCCAGCCCUGCUCCUUCCAGGGAAGAGGAGGCUGCUGGAGGGGAAAGCACUGGGGAACGCACUGUUCCCAUCGACAGAACAUCCCCAGAUGCAGGGGCAGGAGGCUGGUACAGGAGAGAAGGAGACGUGGUCUGGGACGUGCACAGUGAAGUUUACAUUGAGACCACAGAAAGAACUCGUGUGUAUAAGACUGAGGAGAAGACUCCAACAAGUCCUCCCUACAUGCAAGUGACAAUAGAGGAUGUGCAGGUGAACUCUGGGGAACGUGCCAAAUUCCAGGCAGUCAUUGAAGGAACCCCUCAGCCCACAGUUUUGUGGUUCAAGGGCACUUCACUGCUGACAGAGAGUGACAGAGUCCAUCAGGGGAAGGAAGGAACAACAUAUUUCUUAAUUGUGGACAAUGCUGCCCUGGAAGAUGGUGGUGUUUAUACCUGUGUUGCCAAAAAUGCAGGAGGGGAGGUUUUGUGCAAAGCAGAGCUCGUCGUACGUGAAGCUAAGAAAGACCAAGAAGGAAAGAAAGUGGCCACCAGGAGAAAGCUCCACUCCCAUUAUGAGGUUAAGCAGGAGAUUGGGAGGGGCUGCUUCAGCUUCGUGAAACGGGUGGUGCACAAAGGGAACAGGGUGUCCUGUGCUGCCAAAUUCAUCCCUCUGCGGAGCAAAACCAAGUCUAGAGCUCAUCAAGAGAGGGAUAUUCUUGCCUCUCUGUCCCACGACAGAAUCACCAGGCUCCUGGAUGAGUUUGAAACACGAAAAACACUGAUUUUGAUUCUGGAGUUAUGCUCCAAUGAAGAGCUCCUGGACCGUUUAUUCAAGAAGAGCGUGGUCACUGAAGCUGAGGUCAAACUGUACAUCAAGCAAAUUUUGGAAGGAAUCAAAUAUCUUCAUGACAACAACAUCCUUCAUUUGGACAUCAAGCCACUGAACAUCCUCAUGGUUUAUCCUGAGAGGGAAGACCUGAAGAUCUGUGACUUUGGGUUUGCCCAGAGGAUCACACCCGUGCAGCCCCAGUACAGCAAAUACGGCUCUCCAGAGUUUGUUGCCCCAGAAAUUGUUUCCCAGUCACCAGUGUCAAAAGCAACUGAUAUCUGGGCUGUCGGAGUCAUCACCUAUUUAAGCCUCACGUGCAAGUCUCCAUUUGCUGGGGAGAACGACAGGAAAACUCUCCUAAAUAUCCAGAACGGGGAAAUUUCAUGGACCAUUCCUGAUGUUGUUCACUUGAGUGAAGAUGCAAAGGACUUCAUGAAAGGGAUCCUGCAGCAGCAGCCCAAAUCCAGGCCAAGUGCUUUGGACUGUCUCUCCCACAAAUGGUUCAUGCACAACAUCCCUCUUGAAGCAGCUCAUUUCAUUAACACCAAACAGCUCAAAUUCAUUGUGGCUCGGAGCAAGUGGCAGCGCUCCCUGAUGUGCUACAAAUCCAUCCUGGUGAUGAGGUCCAUCCCAGAAAUCCUGGAAAGGACCCACGACAACAGCUCCCUGGCCAUCUCCCGACACCUCAUUGAGGAAAGCACUUCAUCCAGCACCAGUGGCUCCUCUUCAGACAACGAGAACUCGAAUUUCCCCAAAAAGAGGCACUUUGGCUCCACCCCUGAACUGCACUUGCCCGUAUUUGAUGCCCCGAGCCACCCCGAGCCUCUGAAACGUGCAAGUGAAUGGGAGCACUCCAAAAGCUCCAUCCCACCAGUAAAACCCAUGAGGAGGAAAUAUGCUUCAAUGAAAGCUGAGGUGGGGGAUAGAUCACCCACAGAAAGCAAAGAGCUCAUGGCAAGUGUCUUACAGGAGAAAGAGGAGAGGCUCCUUCCCAGCCUUCGGGGAGAGCCAUCCCAAAAAAGUGGUGCUGCUGAGCCUUCAUCCCUGAGGGCUUCCAUGGAAAGCACAUCACUUGUGCAUCAGAAAGAAAAACCAGACACACCUUUAUCUGAAAAGGACAGAGGUGGAGAGGCAGGGGACGGGGCAGAGAAGCCAUCUGCCUGUGUUCCCAGGCAGAGUGUCAUUAAAAGCACCUUCUACAGCCAAGCAACGGAGCUGCCGGCAAGGCCGCCUUCGUCACCAGGCAGGGAGUUCAGAAGGCACCUGGACAGAGCCAGGAGGACUUUCCGGAAGGCUGGGUACUCAAAGGUGCCCCUCAGUGGCCUCCGUGAACCUCUCCUUGAGCAGUUUGAACUGGAAGAAGAAGAAGAAGAAGGAGAUGAUCGCAAAGAAGGUCUGCUGGGAUCCUUGACCAAAUCCGCAUCGUUUGACACGGCCAGGAAGCCCCCACACCCUGCCAUCGCUGGUGGCAGCCGCAGCCGCUCCCUGGAUGACUACAGACUGAGAGCCUCCAGAUCCCUGAGGGAACAAGAGAUUUUGGAGGAGGACUGUGAUGUGUUAUCCCAGGAAAGCUGCCCUGAAGGCAGCGAUCACUGCGACGUUUCCGCAGGGCCUGGCAAGGGAUGUUCUGCGGGCACGGCAGAGCAAGGGGACACCAGGAGAGCCAGCAAGGAUUGCUCAGGAGAGAAACCCUCUCCCUCCACACACUGUGAGGGGAAUGGGUGCCCACCUGCUCUUAUACAACAGGUAGAGGGACUUCCAGUGUCACCUCACAGGAGUGAGAAUAGGAAGCGUUUACUGAAGAAGUCAAAAGCCACCGAGAUUGAGGAGGACGUUGAAUGUUUGGAGGGCAAAAGCCCCAUUCCAACUGCCCAGUGCUCAGAUGUAACAGCACCAUCAGCUCCAAAACACGAGAGCACAGACGGUAAAUCUGCCUCUGGCCGUGCCUCUGACUCUGCUUUUCAGGAGGGCAAAGAGUUCAUUUCAACCCUCACACAGUCACAAACCACCCCAAAGUCAUCCCCUCCAAGUGAGGGAGGUGUGUGUCUGCCUCAGGAAUCUGCUCCCACCUACACCCACCCAGAUCUAACAGGUGGAAGCUUGCUUGUCAAAAGGACAGCCCCAGCCUCACCUUGGAAAGACAAAAGGCAGAAACAUUCAGAUGAAAAGACUUCUGCUCGUGGCACUGCUGAACCUGAACUCAUGGAGCAUGAAAGCUCUGCUGCUCCAACAGAACAAACAGAAACUGAAUCACUUCCAGUAUGUAAAGACAAAAGUGAGGAAAUUCCUGGGAAAAGUGUUCCAGCAGCUACUGUCACGCUGGGCAGACAGCCAGGUACCCUCACAGCUGGUGAAGGUGCUCCUCAGAAGCUGAAGACCCAUAAAGAUGUGAGAUCUGCUGUCCUGGAAGAUGCAGAAGCAGCUGUUACAGGAAUCACUCCACCAUCAGGCCACAGUGAUGAAAGCCAAGCACACAAGAAGGCUCCUGUUCACUUAGACACAGCAGCAGCCAUCCUGAAGGGAGAGCAGCUCGCUGUUCCCAAAAUCCCACCACCAGGAUCAGUGCCAGCUCUGGUCUCUGAUGGAGCACAGCAGGCUCUCAGCAAGGAGAAACUUGCUGCUCUGAGGAGUAAAAGCUCAGCUGUCACAGGGGUUGUUUCCAGUUUGGCCCAUGAAGGAGCUGAACCCCAGAAGUUUCCUGAAGGCCAUGGCUCAGAGCCUGCUGGUCUGGAGAGCAGACACCCAGCCAGAGCUGAGUCCUCCCAAAGCACUGCCCUCCCUCAGGUCUGGGAGGGUGAAAACCAAGAACACACAGAGGUGUCAGUUCACAGGGAGAUGAGAUCUGUUGUGACAGCAAGUGGAAGCCAAGCAGCUGGACAAGCUGUGGCUGCUCCUCUCCCCAAGACUGGACAUGGGGUGCUUGAGCAGCACAGGGCUGGGAUUUCGGAUGGUCUGGAGAGUGGCAGUUCAGGUGCAUUAACUGCUUCACAACCAGAAAUUGCUCCAGCUUCAGCCUAUGAACUGAUAUAUGAGGAAUAUCCAGAGGGUUAUGGUGAGGGUGGAGGCACUGCCUUAGAAAGUGGAAGAUGUGAUGCUGGAAAAGCUGCCCCACCAGUGCUCCGCAGGGAUCAUCAUGGCCAGGAGCUGUCACACCACAGAUCUUCUUUUUACAGUGACGAGGAGUCUGCUGUGCUGGAGGGCUUGGUGGAUGAGAUGGUUUCCCUCUCUGAGGAGAUGAAUGUUUGGGCAGAGUCAGUUUCUGGAGAGAAGGGAAGCAAGAGGCACAUUUCUCCUCACAGAGAGAUGUCCUACAAAGGCAGCCAAGCACACAUGGAUACCUCCUUCCCUUCUGUCCAACAGGGUGGAAGAGGAGAAGUCGCUGAGCAGGAUGACCUUGCAGAACCCUGCCUUGCUGUAAGUGAGGAGCCAGGAGUCCUGGAAGAGCAGGGAGCACAGACAGUUCCUCAUGAAUGUGAGCACCUGGAGGACUUGGCAUUUGAGACCUCCCCUUCCAGCCCAGAGAGCCUUUCCUCCACAGAGAGCUUGGACACUGCAAGAAGACACAUCCACGUGCCAGUGAUCAAGGACACUGGCAAACACCCAGAAGUUUCUUUGGUGAAAAUCAAAGACCUGUCAGAUGAAACACCCAGUCAUGGCAGCGGGCCCCAAAAAUUUGACAUCUCAGAAGUGGAGCCAGCCUAUUUGAAUUUCUCGGAUUUAUAUGACAUUGUUUAUUUCCCAUUUGAGUUUCUGAGUUAUAAGAAGCCUUCACCAAAACCAGUUCCUAGACGGUUCAUGUUUCUUCGUGAAAGGGCAAGGUCCCCUCCUGCAGGACAUCUCCAUAAGGAUAAAAGACUGUGCAUCAGGGAACAGGAAGACAAGAACAGGAAGAACCGUUUGGAAAUAUCCGAGGAUUCAAAGGCAGCUAACUUAUUAGCCAUGGGGAAAGGGGCAGAGAGCCAUAAAGAAAUGUAUAGCUCGCAAAAGGACUCCAGUGGGAAGCAAAAAAGCUCCUUCCACAGCAAGCCUGGACUCUUUAAGCCAUAUGCAAGGUCUCAUUCAGUGGAGCAGUCAGUGGAGCAGAGUCUGAAGAAGAAAGUAAAAGCUUCUGUUGCCCACAUUUCAAGAAUCCUAAAAGGAAAGACAUCUCCUGAGCCAGAGGAAGCAGAGUUUGGUGAGCUGGGAAGUGAGGCAGCAGAAAAGGAGCUGUUAAUAGGGGCUGAAGGAUCUCUGAAGAGGAAAUCAGCACUCCCUUCAUUCAAGCUACCAAGCCUCAUCCCAAAGGAGAAAGCCCCGUCGUUCACUGAGGAGCUCACGGACCAGGCUGCGGCCGCCGGACAGUGCGUGACGCUCUCGUGCCGGACUGCAGCUCACUCCUCCCUGCACAUCAGCUGGUUCAGAGAUGGGACACCUGUCCAGGGCAGCAGCCGGAUCCUCAUCUCCUCCACGCUCAAACACUUCCAGCUGUUAACGAUUCUCUCUGUUAAUGCUGAGGAUUUUGGUAUUUACACCUGCGUGGCCACAAACUCUCUGGGCUCAGCAUCCACCUCUUGUGUCAUAAGAAAAGCAGAGGUUCCCCCCAGCCCUCCACCCCCUGACAUCGUGGAGGUCUACAAGGAUGGAGUACAGGUGGUUUGGAAACCUGUGGAAACCAACACCCCUGUCCACUACACUGUCCAGUGCAAGACUGAAGAUGGGGAGUGGACAACUCUUGCUUCUGACAUCACUGACUGCUGCUACUAUGCCAGAAAUCUCCCCCAGGGCUUCACCUACAGCUUCAGGACAGCCUGCAGCAGCAAGGCAGGGAUGGGCCCCUACAGCCAGCCCUCUGCCAAAGUGACAGUCACUGGCAAGGAUCAGAUGGAGCCUCGUGCUGCCACGCAGGAGUUCCCAUCAGCUGCCCCUGAAGAAGAGAGUGAAGUGAUCUCACCUCCUGAGCCCUUCCCAACCUACCAGACCUACGCCUUCCAAACUGAGAUCAAAAGGGGCCGAUUCAGCAUCGUCCGGCAGUGCCGGGAGAAGGUGAGCGGCAAGACUUUGGCCGCUAAAAUCAUCCCUUACUGGCAAGAGGACAAGCAGGCUGUGCUGCUGGAGUACCAGGUGCUGAGGAAGCUCCACCACACCAACAUAGCCCAGCUGAAGGGUGCCUACGUCAGCCCCCGGCACCUGGUGCUGAUCCAGGAGAUGUGUGUGGGGCCAGAGCUGCUCCACUCGCUGGCGUUACGGACAUCAUACUCAGAGGUGGAGGUCCGAGACUACCUGUGGCAGAUCCUUAGUGCCACCGAGUACCUCCAUGCCCACAACAUCCUGCACCUGGACCUCAGGUCUGAGAACAUGAUCAUCACUGAGCCCAACCUGCUGAAACUCCUGGAUUUUGGCAAUGCACAGUUCUACACACCAGACAAAUUUAUUACCAUGGACAAAUGCUCGGACUAUGUGGAGACCAUGGCUCCAGAACUGCUGACAGAGCAAGGAGCCCUUCCCCAGACUGAUAUUUGGUCUGUUGGAAUCACAGCCUUCAUCAUGUUGAGUGCCAACUACCCCAUCAGCUCGGAUGUACCCUGUGAGUUCCUGAGAACAGCCAGGAAGGGGAAGCUGAAGCUGGCGCGGUGCUACGCGGGUCUCUCUGGGGGAGCAGUGUCCUUCCUCCAGAGCACUCUGUGUGCAAACCCUUGGGGAAGGCCCUCAGCCUCCGAGUGCCUCCAGAGCCCCUGGCUACAGGAGACAGGUCUGGACAACAGGCAGCAGGCACUGGUCACCUUCCCCACCACCAAACUGAGGAAUUUCCUCAUGGAACGGGAAAAGAAGAGAGGCCUGCUGUGCUCCAAGUAUGGCCUCAUGAUUGCACAGUGACAUGGAUGUGGUGACAGAUGGGACUCUCCUCCCUGUGCCCUCCUGCACUGGGUGUUUUACCAAACCCUCCUGCCAAGCUGCUCUCUGCCCCACCCCAGUGUGUUUUGUCUGUGUGUCCUUCCUGCCACGGGCUGUUUCUGUGUAUGUGUGACUUGUGGGGGGAAGUGGGACACUGGACAGUGAAGGCAGCAAACCCAAUAAUGACCUUGUAACAUGCAGAUUUUGUACCACUAAGAGACUUUGCCACUUUGAAGCUGAGCUGCUCUUCCCUGGGGAGCAGGGACACAUCUACCUGGAGAUGUGGCAGCAGAGUCCCCGGCAAAGGCUGUGUUUUAAUUAUUUUUAAAAAUCCUGAAAUGUCACGUUCCUCCUUGACCUUGAAACCCUGCUUUCCUCUGCAAAGGAUGGUGUUGGCUGUGUCAUGGCUUUGUACUCAUAACUUCAGUGUUCCUUUGAGUUUCUCUGCAGUGAUUGAUGUAUCCCUCAAUUCCCCAUAUGAGCAGCAGUAAGAGGAGGCUUUCCCAGAGCUGUGUCUGGCUGUGUUUUGAGGAAGGUAAAAACAAGAAAACAGUUCCUAAUACAUUACAGUUCAAUACCAAAAGUGAGGCUGUUUAUCCAGGGAUGAUCCUUCCCAGCAAGUUUAAGCCAUAUUUUUCCAAACCUGAAAGAUGGAGCAUCAUGACUCGUUCUCUUGCUGAGCACGCAGAGCAGGAAUUGUGACUGAGAGGAGAGGAGCUUUCCCUGUGCUGUGGAGAGCAGGCACCAACUCAAUAGAUUGUAAAAUUUGGAAUGCUGAAGUAUGCUAGAGGAGAGAAACCCAAGGGCUUAGGGCCAGACUCUGUGCUCAGUUCUCUGGGAGGACAGUUACACAAGACAGACACUGCAAUGAGGGCUGCCCCCCAGCAAACCUUUCAGGACUCUGCAUCCUGUCCAAUUUAACUUCUCUCAGAAAUCCAGUCAGGUUUUUGUUGGCACAGGCUGGUUCUUUGCUCUUGCUGGUGCACUUUGGGAUGGAAAGGUCAGUGCCAGGGAAAAGCCUAUCUAAACAUAAAAAACAUAAUCAUAGAAUAACUCAUUUGGAGCUUUCAUGCUCUUCCAUAUAUGACUUUUCCCUUUUGCUUCUCACAAUUGCAUGCAUUUGAGCAUGUCUGAGCUCUUUUAUAGACUCAACACUGUUUGGUUAAGUAAACCAUUCUGAUGAGCAAAUAAACCAGGUUUUUCUGCUGAA